GGCGAGACGGGGUCGGCCACGUUUGCAGGGUCGUGGAGCACGGAGAAGACUCGGUGGACCUUCCCCCACCGGAUUGAAGUCACCACUAUCUUGAUUCUUGAAUCUUGAUAUCUGGAUUAUAAAGCAAAAAAGAAAGAAAAGGUUUUUAAGACUUCCCAAAAACAUUUCCUCCUUCCUUUGUUUUUGAAUUUUCUCGCUGCCCCUAGUUAGAUCCAUCCGCGAGGGAGUGAGAGAGAGAGGAGCGAGUGAAUUCGUCGCUGCUUUCCGGCGUUGUGUCCUCCGUGGUGCUCUUGCCGCUAGACGAUGCCGGCGACUGAUGCUGAGUUUGGUCUCAGACCGUCGUCUCAGUCCGAUUUCUCAGCGACUGGGGAGUAUAACUUCGCCAAUGUGGAUAACCUGGAGCAUUGUGCCAAGUACUUGAACCAGACGCUGAUCACUUUUGGAUUUCCCGCCUCGCUCGAUCUGUUUUCGAACGACCCAGUUUCCAUCGCGAGGACCUGCAAUUGCAUGUACUCGUUGCUGCAGCAGCGGCAGCGUGACUCGGAGUUUAGAGAAUCUGCUAACGAGCAGAGACAGAGACUACAAUCAGACAUAGCUAGAUUUGAAGCUAAGGUCGAGAGGCUUGAAGCGCAAAUCCAAGCGAAAGACAGGGAAAUUGCAACAAUUACAAGAACUGAAGCCAAAAACACUGCGGCUCUAAAGGCCCAGAUUGAAAAGCUGCAUCAGGAGAGGGAUGAAUUUCAAAGGAUGGUGAUCGGUAACCAGCAAGUUAAGACUCAACAGAUACAUGAAAUGAAGAAAAAGGAAAAGGAGUACAUAAAAUUGCAGGAGAAGUUAAAUCAAGUAUUGAUGGAGAAGAAGAAAGAAUCAAGGUCAGGCAUGGAAAUUAUGAAUUUGCUACAGAAAGAAGGGAGGCAGCGUGGAACUUGGAAUGGAAAGAAGGCUGAUACUGAUUUCUAUAAAAAAAUUGUGGAUGCUUAUGAGGCAAAAAACCAAGAAUUAAUGGCGGAGAAUACUGAUCUAAGAGCAUUACUUCGAUCCAUGCAGACGGAUAUGCGUGAUUUCUUAAACGCACCAAAUGGAUCGUCUACCCCAUCAUUGGCUGUUAAUGAGAGGCAUGAGGCUGAUCCCUCACAAUCUCCGCUUGGCGGGAAGACGGAUGUGUUUGAUCUGCCUUUCCGGAUGGCCAGAGAUCAAAUAGAAGAAAGUUUGCGCACUAAGAUGGCUUCGAUAAAGGAAUGCAUGGUCCAAUUACAAGGUGCGGAAAAACGCGCCGCUGUUACUUCGGAAGCAACAGAGAGAGAGCUUGAACUUGAAGCUCAACUCGUGGAGGCGAGAAGCAUAAUCCAGGAGCAGGUUUGGGAGCAACCUCUGCAUUUUGUCAGGAAGACAUAUCUUUUUUUAUCUUAUGGUGAGAGACUGAUGGUGGAGGAAUGUGGAUCGUUGUCGCAGGAGUCGAUAAUGUCGAAACAUCUCCCGAAAUCCGAGAGGCGGAGAAGGGAAUCCUUAGCUCCAUUGGCAGCCGAGGGAAUCUGAAAAAGCUUGAGCGCUAGUAGUAAACCUGGAACCAGCUCAAGCUUCUGUCCAAGCUCAGGUACGGACGGUAGACUUGUUUGCUGUUUAACCAAAUAGCCCCCGUGUCCAGUUUUGGACGCUUUCUGGUUUAGAGUCUCUCUCUCCUCGCUAUAUCUAAUCUAUGUAUGUAUAGUCGCCUUAUCAGCAGAAGAUUUAGUAGGAUGUGACAACAUUUUCCUCAUAUAUUUAAUCCUGAUGAAACGAAAAAUUCAAUCUUUUUUAGGACCCA